CCGCGCGAGCUCGCAGGAAAAAAACAAACACGAGGCGCGAGCUCAGUGAGUUAGCCCGAUAUAAAAUAGAUAACUUAUUACCACAGCGCCUGGUUGCGUGUGAGAUAAUGUUCGGAGUGGGUUAAAAAAAACCAGAGGGAGUGUGUUUCUCUUGGUGUUCGAUGUGGAGCUGCUGCGGAACAGCGGCCACACAUUUAGCAUAACUAGCGCAGUUAGCGCGCGCUGAUGAACAACAGCUCACAACUAGCUAGGUGUAGGUUUGCUGAUGACGUCAUGCACGAAACAACCAGUGUGUAAAAAAAAAAACAAACAAACAAACUCGGAAGGUAUUAGUGUGUGUGUGUCGCGGGGCUACCAAGCUGAGUAACCACAAGCUUAUCUAUAUGGGCUAUUAGACGACGCAAAUGUAAAUAGGUGGAAAAAACCUUUCUUUUUUAAGUUUACAGCUACAGGAGAGUGUGAUGGGAUUUUCCAGAAAUAUGACGACGCGUUUCCGUGCAAUUCCGGAAGUCUGAUGACGCGGGGGAUUUUACGUCAUCUUUUUCUUUCUUUCUUUUUUUUUGUUUGUGCUGCUUGUCGUAUUUUUUUGUUUUUUCACAAAGUGAGCUUUGUGAAGACAUGGUGUGUCAAGGUUGCAGUAGAAGAACCCGAGUGUCCUGCACAAAACCCCUGACCUCAACCCCACUGAACACCUUUUGGGAUGAACUGGAACCGGAGCGUCCUCGACAUCCCCACGUCAGCGCCUGAUCUCAACCUCCCUCUGAAUGAUCACAAAUCCCCACAGCCACGCUCUAUAAUCUGCCGUAAAGCCUUCGCAGAAGAGUGGAGGUUAUUAUAACAGCAAAUCGAGGACUAAAUCUGGAACGGGAUGUUCAACAAGCACACCUGGGUGUGUUGGACAAGUGUCCACAAACUUUUGGCGACAUAGUGUAUGUAUGUACAGUAUGUGUGUAUAUAUUGGGGCAGGGCAUUGGUCUCAACGCAUUGUAAAUUGAUUAGUAACCCAAGGAAUUAUUGCACACGGAACGUGAUGUUUUGUCUCGUCAUGUCUGCGUGUGGGUGCAAGUGAAGUUUGCUCGUGUUACACUUAUGCCACCGGCCAUGACAUCACCAUGAACUAUGGGCUCAGUGUAUUUUGCUGACCUGUGUGAGCAGGGCAGUUGGAGAGAAAGGGAAACACUCUUGAUUUGAAAAUAAAGGCCUCUUGAAGUUGGACAGCGUUUCGUGGUGAUUUUGUAACCGUGGAAAUCCCAGCGUUAACUUUUAGCAAUAAAUUGGCCCGAAAGCAGCAUCUGUCAAUUGUGCUCCCAAACAAACCGAUAAGAGCGAGUGAAUGUGAGUGGGCUCUUUUUGAUCUGUAGCUGCGUUGAGCAGGAAACGCUGACCUUUCAGUCAAGCAGCAAGAGAGAUAAGCCGAGCAUUGCAUUGCAUCGCAUGCCGUGUGGAACGAUAGCAGGAAAUACAGACUUUGUGUUUAUCAAGCAAAUGUUAUACCACAGUGCUGCUGAAUUCUGGAAUCUGAUUGGUCGGAAGGUGGUCAUCGUUUUUCUGGACCAGCACCUCUGAAGGUGGUUCUGUCUGCAAGGCAAAUCGCAGGUUUAUUAUUAAUGCGCAUGUUCGAAUACAUGAUCAUUUUUGUUUUAACAAUUUGCCCACAUCAGAUUUGCAGGUCUCUUGGUCUCAUAUCCGUGUUCCCAAGUUCAAAUUCAGCUCCCGAUUUAAGGAAGAAGAAAAAAAGGAGAGAAUGCAAGCAAGUCAUCACAGCGUAGAACCCGGCUCGUUCUCUUAAUUUCCCCGUCUCACACAGGACCUUUUCAUUCUCUACAACUACAGGCAGAUUGGGAUUGAUGAGCAAUGCCAUCAAGUGCGGUUAACUUACUCUGGAGUGCUGUUCUGAAAUACAUAAUUAGAGGAGGACAGAAUGUUGUGCGGUUGAAAAAUAUCGGCGGCUGAUUAGGGCAAAUGCCGCUGUCUUGAAGACGUUACUACGCACAAGCUCAGUGUUCGACGUGGACUUAGAGUCGUCAUGGAAACAUCGAAAUCACCCAGGAGCGGGAAACAUCACUCACGUUCCAGAUCACGGUCAAGGGACAAAAAACGCAAAUCGGGUGAGAAGAAGCACAGAAGAUCCCGCAGCAGAAGCAAAGAGGCACGGCGGAGGGACCUGGACAAGACGGUCAGAUCGCACAGCCGGUCCGAGGACACGCUGCACGGUUCGGAUAAAGAGCGCGAGAGGCUUUCAGAAGACAGCGGAGAGGAGCGACACCGGCGAAAGGACAAGAGGUCCUCCAGAGGAAGAAGCCCAUCCAGAUCACGCUCAAGGGACAGAAAGCAUCGUAGUCGAAGUCGGGACAGACGAAGGUCUCUGUCGCGCAGUCGCGAGAGGCGAUCAAAGAGUCGCGAGAGGAAGAGACGACCCAAGUCCCGAUCCAGAUCGCGUUCCAAGCACAGGCAAAGGAGCAAAAGUCGCAGCAAAAGCAGAGAGAAGAAGAAAAGGGUUGAGAAGGUGAAAAGGAAGAGUCACAGUCGCUCUGCCAGUCCUGUGGCUUUCAGGGGCAGAAACACAGCUAUGGAUGCACAAGAGGCGUUGGCCAGGAGGUUGGAGAGAGCCAAAAAACUUCAAGAACAGAAAGAGAAAGAGCUGCUGGAAAAACACCAACAGCAGCAGCAAGAGAUCGUAGCAGCAGCAGCAGUGGCAGCAGCGCCGUUGCUCUGUGACAACGCCCCAGCUGCCGUCUCCAGUCCGGCGCUGAACGUGGCCGCGCUGCUUGCUUCUGGCACACAGGUCACACCACAGAUCGCUAUGGCAGCUCAGAUGGCAGCGCUGCAGGCUAAAACACUGGCGGAGACGGGCAUCGCUGUGCCGAGCUACUACAACCCCUCAGCGGUCAAUCCCAUGAAGUUUGCUGAACAGGAGAAGAAGAGGAAGCUGUUAUGGCAGGGGAAGAAGGAAGGGGAUAAGUCCCAGACUGCAGAACUUUGGGAGAAGUUAAACUUCGGCAACAAAGACCAAAACGUGAAGUUCCGCAAACUGAUGGGCAUCAAAGCUGAAGACGACCCAUCUACUGGAGACCUCAACGAGGAAGGCAUAAAGACACUGCAGCAGCAGGAAGAAAUGUUCCGUAACCUGGACGUGCAGUACGAAAUGGCACGCUCGCAGACGCACACGCAGAGGGGGAUGGGCCUGGGCUUCUCCACGUCUUUCUCUUCGCGAGGGAUGGACCCUGUCUGAAAAUCCACCGUUUCACUAUUCCAUCAUCGGCUCAGCUUGUUUUUAACGCGUGUAUAGAAAGCUGACGCUUUAGAUCGCAUGGAUGUUGGUUUGCAUCUGUAAUUUAUUCAAAUACCAGUUUUUGUCUUGAAAGAAUCCAGAUGUAAAUACGAGUGACUUGGUUUUAUGUUUUUUUUUUUUUGUUGUUGUUUUUUGUCUAGGAUUGAACUGCAGAUCUCCAGAAAUUUUACACAAAGGUGCAAUAGGAUGCCGCAUAGCUUUAUGGGGGAUUUGAAUGUUGUAACUUCAUUUUCAUUUCUAUCAGUCUUUUUUUUUUAUAAACAUAACUCAGUUUCCCGUGUGGAUAGAACAGAUGUUGCUUAGAAUCCUGCUAUGAAGAACAUGACCGAACUCUUACCAUCAAAAAACACUGGCAUAGUGGCCACAAGUGUGCCAAGCUGUUGUAACUGCUUAUCACAUUAAAAUUUUUUGUUAGUCCACAAAUGUUACUGUGAUUAUUACCAUCUUUCAGUAAAUAAAUAUGAAAAUGUUUACCCCUUAAAGAAUUCCUAGUCUUAGAAAUGGGGGGAGGGCUGUUCUUCAAAUUACUUUUUGAAAAAGGUAUCCUUGCAAAAAAAGAUCAUUAAAUUCACACUGAGCUCCACAGAGGCAUGGCAGAGAAAUGUAAUUAAUUAUUAAUUAAUAACAAAAACUGCAGGGCACUGAUGAUGAACAAGCUGUUUUGUCUUUUUCAUGCUAAUGAUUAGUGAGAUCUGAAAGCCAAGGGAAUAAAUUCCUAACAGUUUGGAGUGUUUGAGUAUUUCAAUGUCUCUCUUAUUUCUAGUAAUUUGAAAUUAGGUUCGCUUUUCUAGUACUACUGGAAACUAUUCGCACAAAUGACUGAGUGCCUGAAAAUGUUCUAUUUCUUCCAUUUCUGGAAAACACGUUUUAAAUAAAUGAAUUGUUCUGGAAAUGUGAGUGAGGUA